UGUCCUGGACUGCCAUUCCAGGAGAAUAUAGAGCACAAGCCGAUCCUGCCGGGCGAGCGGGAGGUGGACCUCAAUAAGAUCUUCACGCCCGCGCCUGAUGCUGAGGAGCACAUCAUCAAGAAGGACCGCAAGUUUGAGAAGACAUUCGCAUCAUCAGCGUUCUACGUGCCGGGCGUGCACCCAACCGUGAAGGAGCAGAUGGACCUCGCGCGAGCCAUCUCCAAGUCCCUGAGCGACUCCAGCAACCACAUGAGCCGGGGGCAGAGCAUGUACGUCAACAGGAAGAAGCGCUCCGUCAAGUGGGUGCACGAGGGACGAGGUACGACACCAGAAUUGGUCUUAUUAUAGCAGCAUUAGAGGUUA